AGCCUGGGGCAAGAUCCCCACCAAGGACAAACACUGAUGGCCGAGGCAGGAGCUCAGAGCGAGCGAGCAGCGCCGAGGGCCGGCACGGAAGAGGAAAAGCCGCCUACGGGCAGCCAAGGGCCGGUGACCGCGGGAAGAGGAAAACCCGCGGGCGGCCCCUCGCUGUCUUUCCGGUUCAGUUUUCACUUUCUGUUUUUUUCCCCGCCGCUCCCGCCCCUCGUCCCCUCCUUCCCUCCCUCUUCUCCCGCCCGCCCCGUCCUUCCACUUCCUGGGGCCGGCGGAUGGCGGCGGCCGCCCCGCACCGCCUCAUGCCGCCGGCCCGGUAGCGGGGCCGCGCCGGGGGCCGGGCGGGGCGGCCAUGAGGGCGGCCUGAGGGACGGUCCCGAGCGAGCCCCGGCCAUGGGCGAGAGGCGGCGCGGGGAGAGCGGCGAGCCGGGCACGGGUUUUCCGGCGGAAUCUGAGGAGCUGUUGGAGCGGGCGGUGGAGCUGCUGCGGAGCUGCUGCCGCGAUUCCGGCUCCCAGCAGGGAUUCCGCUACAGCCAGGCCAUCCUGGUGGAGAACGAGCUCUUCCGGAGCGAGCUGCGAGCCUUUGCCCGUGCCAAGGCGGCGGCCGGGUACAGCCCCGAGGAGCUGCGAGAGAGCUUCGCCUUCCUCCUGUUCGAGCGCGAGGACGAGGUACCGGAAUAACAACAACGGGAACAACAACAGCGGGAAUAACAAUGGGAACAACAGCAGGAACAACAACAGCGGGAAUAACAGUGGGAAUAACAACGGGAACAACAACAACGGGAAUAACAACAGUGGGAAUAACAACGGGAAUAACAAUGGGAACAACAGCAGGAACAACAACAGCGGGAAUAACAGAGGGAAUAACAGCGGGAAUAAGAGCAGGAACAACAACGGGAAUAACAGAGGGAAUAACAGAGGGAAUAACAGUGGGAACAACAGCAGGAAUAACAGCGGGAAUAACAGCGGGAAUAACAGCGGGAAUAACAGCGGGAAUAACAACAGCGGAAAUAACAGCGGGAAUAACAACAGCGGGAAUAACAGAGGGAACAACAGUGGGAAUAACAGCGGGAAUAAGUGGGAAUAACAGCGGGAACAACAGCAGGAAUAACAGUGGGAAUAACAGAGGGAAUAACAGUGGGAAUAACAGUGGGAACAACAGCAGGAAUAACAGAGGGAACAACAAUGGGAAUAACAAUGGGAACAACAGCAGGAACAACAACAGCGGGAAUAAUAGUGGGAAUAACAGUGGGAAUAACAGCAGGAAUAAC